UGCGAUUACUCUAUUUUCUCUUCCUUCUUUUCUCUCUGAGUUUUUAUUUUUGACAUCAGUCUCGUAUUGGAGCUUAUUGGAAAUCAUCUCCGGCCAAGGAAACGGGUUUCGCGGUGAGAUUUUUCUAGGAUGAUCGUUUCUUCGGGAAGCUCGAUUCAUCGGUUCUGUUUUGGAAUCGUCGUUGAGAGAUGUUGUUAGAUCCGCAUGGUUUUGGUGAUCGUUCUGGAUCCAAGACGUGGUUCCACAGGCGUAAAAAAUGCCGUCGUCUCUUGGUUUGAUAUCUUUCUUCUGAAUCUUCUUUCCGUUUCCGUUCUCCGGCGAAUCUGAUUUUUUUUUUCUUUCCUUUUUUAGAAAUUUUGAGUCUUUCUAAUCCUGGGGGUGAGUUACAGUCUCAGGUUGUAAAUAGAAAUUUGCUACGUUUGUUUAGGAAAGAGUUUGUACAGAUAGAGAGAUUGUGACUCGAGCACUGAAACACACAAGUUUUCUCAGGGAACCUUUUUUGUUCCUUGGUUUUUUCUCUUGUUCUUCGUCGUUUUUUUUCUGGGUUUAGGAUUAAAAAAAAAGUGGCGAAGAUGAAUCUGAGUGCGGCCGAGGAAGAAUCGGCACAAGAGAUUCAUAUUCCGGCUGAUAUCAAUUGGGAGAUGCUUGAUAAAUCAAAGUUUUUCGUUUUAGGCGCCGCUUUGUUUUCAGGGGUAUCUGGAGCUCUUUAUCCAGCGGUGUUGAUGAAAACUCGGCAACAAGUGUGCCAUUCUCAAGGCUCAUGUAUCAGAGGUGCUUUCACUCUUGUGAGACACGAAGGUCUAAGGGGAUUAUACAGAGGAUUUGGAACCUCUUUGAUGGGAACAAUCCCUGCUCGUGCCUUGUACAUGACGGCUUUGGAAGUUACCAAGAGUAACGUAGGCUCUGCUGCUGUUAGCUUAGGUUUCACUGAUGCUAAAGCAUCUGCCUUUGCUAAUGCUGUUGGGGGAUUGAGUGCUGCCAUGGCUGCUCAGCUUGUUUGGACACCUGUUGAUGUUGUGAGCCAAAGGCUUAUGGUUCAAGGAAGCAGCGGUCUUGUUAAUGCGUCGAGGUGUAAUUAUGUUAACGGGUUCGAUGCGUUUAGGAAGAUCGUUCUUGCUGAUGGGCCAAAGGGUUUAUACAGAGGGUUUGGUAUAUCGAUUCUGACUUAUGCACCGUCUAACGCGGUUUGGUGGGCGUCUUACUCUGUUGCACAGCGUAUGGUUUGGGGUGGAAUUGGGUGUUAUGUUUGUAAGAAAGAUGAAGAGAGUGGGAACAAUAGUUUUAAACCAGACUCCAAAACGAUAAUGGCUGUUCAAGGAGUUAGUGCAGCGAUUGCUGGGAGUGUUUCUGCUUUGAUUACAAUGCCACUCGACACAAUCAAGACGAGAUUGCAGGUUCUUGAUGGGGAAGAUAGUAGCAACAACGGGAAGCGUGGACCGAGUAUUGGACAGACCGUGAGGAACUUGGUUAGGGAAGGUGGAUGGACGGCUUGUUACAGAGGAUUGGGACCAAGAUGUGCUUCAAUGUCCAUGUCUGCAACGACUAUGAUCACUACCUACGAGUUCUUGAAACGGCUCUCAGCUAAGAACCAUGACGGGUUUUGCUCUAAAUCAUAGUGUGAUAACAACUGAAAAAAAAAAAAACCACAGAAAUAUCUUUGAUGGGGAAUGUUUUCAUUUUCUUACUUCUUGUUCUUUGUCUAGCUGGUCUGUUUUUUCUUUAGUUUCCAGUAAUAUGUAAGGAAUGUGUUAAAUUCAGCUGUUUCUAAAUAAAGAAAUGUUAUUUCCU